AUGUUCAAUUCCGAAACGCUGGAAGUCGCCAUCGGCAUGGUCUUCCUCUUCCUGCUGAUGUCGCUGAUCUGCACGGGCAUCAAGGAGUGGAUCGAAGGCAUCUUCAAGUGGCGGGCGAUGGACCUCGAGCGCGGCCUGCGCACGCUGCUGGACGACGAGGGCGGCAAGCUGACCGCCCAGGUCUAUGCCCACCCGAUGGUGUCCUCGCUCUAUCAGGGCGCGUACGACCCGGCCCAUCUGGCGGAAAACUCGCUCACGAGCUGGAUACCCGGCGUGUCGCAGGCUCGCCAGAUGCGCUGGACACGGCGGCGCAACCUGCCCUCCUACAUCCCCGCCGGGCACUUCGCGACCGCGCUGAUCGACCUCAUCGCGCGCGGCCCGGCGGACGUCGAUGCGGAGAACGCUCCGCACGGCCCGAUCACGAUCGCCGAGCUGCGCGAGCGCGCGGCCGCGUUGCAGUCGCCCUUCCUGCGCCGCACGCUGCUGACCGCCAUCGACCAUUGCGAGGGCGAUCUCAAGCAGCUCACCACCAACCUGCAGAACUGGUUCGACGGCGCCAUGGACCGCGCUUCGGGCUGGUACAAGCGGCGAACACAGACGGUGCUGUUCGUGCUGGGCGUCGGCGCUGCGAUGGUGCUGAACGUGGAUGCCGUCUACGUGAUGGGGCGGCUCACGGCCGACAAGACGCUGCGCGAGACCGUCGUCGCGGCCGCGGCACAGCAGGCCGCCGCUUCAGCGCCCGCGGCGCCCGACACUCCGGCCAGCGGUCUCGCUGCCGCCAAGCGGGCCCGCGAGGAGCUGGCGAACGUCGGCAUGCCGAUGGGCUGGCGCAAGGCGGGGGCCGACAACUCACCCGCUGCAGCCUGGUUCCGGGGCCUGGUGCCGGUACAGCUGUGCCAGCUCGACGCCGCCGCGGCCUGCGAGCCUUCGCACUACGCGCCCGUGCGCGUCGUGCUCGGCUGGCUGGUCACGGCCUUCGCGGUCAUGCUGGGUGCGCCGUUCUGGUUCGACCUGUUGAACAAGUUCAUGGCAGCCCUCGCGGAGUGCAACGACGAGCACAAUUGCCUGGAGGCGAUGGUCUACGAGGGCUACCGUUCGCAGGCACUGGCCGCCAUGUACUACCAGCGCGGUCGCACGGUGAAGCCGCCCUUCAAGCCGGUGACCAAUGCGCCCACCAACCUGCACAGCUGGCAUGGCUUCGGCCUGGCGGUGGACGUCGUGCAUGCCCGCAAGUUCUGGUCACCGCCGGAAGGCGACGCAUGGUUCCACAAGGUGGCCGACAUCUUCAAGAAGUACGGCUGCACCUGGGGCGGCGACUGGCGCAUGGCCGACCUCCCGCACUUCCAGUGGAGCCGCUGCCCGCCCAGCCCGUCCGACGCCGCCCGCGACCUCAUCAACAGCCAGGGCAUGCAGGCCGUCUGGCAGCACCUGGAAGCGAUCACGCCGGGCGCGGCUGGCGGCGUGGCCCUCACCACGCGCACGCUCGGCGGCAUCGACGGCGAGGGCUUCACCUGCACGAUCUCCGAGGACAGCGACGGCCGCGUGCACUUCACCGCCGAUGCCGACAUCGACGCCGACGGUGCGAACGGCCAGAACGGCGGCGCAGCGGCCUAUCGGGUGGACGACAGCGGCAGCGAGGCCCUGGCCAACGGCGGCAUGCGCAUCGAGGCGGACGGCCGCGUCGUCUGCGCCGAGCCCUGGGCGCGGGACAUCGUGUUGCUGGGGCCGGACAACCAGCCCCGCGUGUUCCGCGGCGGCAUCAUCGCCUCCACCACCUGGUACCGCCGGGGCUCGGGAACCGUGUUCAGUCGAUCGUCGAGAUGA